CCUACGUCGAAAUUUCAUAUUUCUUUCUCCUCUCUCGUGUUUGUUUCACCUUCUAUAAAACUUUACGCAGGUCAAAGCAGAAAUGGCAACGUUUUAUACAUCACAACAAAAGUCAUUCCACGUCAACAAGGAAGAGGGCUAUGUGUGGUGCAUGCUGUUCUUGGUAGAGGCAGCUUUUGUCAUCGCCCUCAACAUGUUCGCUAUCAUUAUCUUCAGUACAGAUCGCCGAGUCCGCAAGCAUAGUACAUAUCUACUCAUAAACCUAUCAGCGGCUGAUACAGGUGUGGGUGCUCUCGUGAUACCAGCUUCUGUUCUCCUUCGCGGAAAUACGUAUCAACUUUGGGAUGUACAGAUAACUCCUGCUAGAUUAAUUUCCGCAUAUGGAGUAAACUUACUGUUCUGCGGUUGCUCGCUCGGAUUUUUGGCCUCGAUAUCUGUAGAGAGGCUGCAUGCUACAAGGAAUCCAAUCGGACACAAGAUCAUGUCUGGAUUACUUUAUAAAAUUUGGGGCGCAAGCAUUUGGCUCGCGUCGCUAAUUUUCACAAUAUUUACAAUUUUAUUCAUGUAUUAUGACGUGUUAGGGCUCAAAAUUUGGUUCUUCGCGGCUUCAUUUGUCUUCUGUUUGCUUUUGAUUCUCUGUUGUAGCUACUGCGGAAUCUUUGUAACAAUCCGAUGCAGUAAGAAACCUCGGCAUGAUCACCGCGGACAGGCUAGAAAAGAAAGAAAACUUACGAUGACACUCUUCAUUGUUACAUUACUAUCUCUCUGCGUAUGGACUCCAUAUGUAUUUUUUACUUUCCUGGAGGAACAAAUGACUCGCAUAUUAUCUGACGAAGCUCUUCUGCGCAUAAGAUGCAUUUGUGAGUUGCUAUUCUUUGCCAACUCGUUUGUAAAUCCAAUCUUGUACACCAUCAGAAUGCCUGAGUUUAGGAAAGCGGGUAUUAAACUGAUAACCUGCACAAAGGACUCUCCUGACAGACAACACUCAGAAUCGACUUUUGAAAGACCGUAAUAAACUAUAAAAUAGCUUUAUACAGGCGUAUUAUGCAACAAUAAAUGAACUCUUAAAAAUU